AUGGCCGCGCCGUUAUUACAGGACCAACGCGGGCUGGGGAAUGUCGCAGCACGCGCAGACCAGCAGCGACUCCAAGCAGCCCAGCGGACUCAUAGCGCGAAACGCAGGAAGACCGAGGGCACCCUGGGACACCAUCAUCAGACGUCGUUGCGGCUGGCGAAAGACAGCACGGAAGAAUUGCGUGCCCGAACCAGACUCCGGAGCCAGAGCAAGAGCAGCGGAGAUGUACCGCCUCAUGGAGCUCCAAACACGCGAGAGGGCCGGCAAUUCACCGUCGGAAACAUUGGGAAUAAUGGAACUAUAUACCUGAGGCCAGUCGUCCGCUCUGCUACGCAGCGAGCCCGUCCCAUACCUGAUCCUUUCGCUGUCUCGCAUGUCACAGUUCCAGAUAGUACUCGCACGGCCAACGAGUCCGCAAUCCCAAAAUCCCCUCGGGAGGAGAGCUGGUUCUCUGGAUCUGCUACAUCGAUACCACUACAACAAGACACUUUCAAGCCUGCACACAUAAGUAGUGAGAAGCCCGAAAUAGCAAAUGUUCCGUCUUCGAAGCCCCCUGCGCAUGUUCGCUCCUUCUCUUGCUCCACUAUAGAAGACUCGGCUCCGCCACAAACCGCAGAUCCGAACACUUUCAAAAUAUUAAUAGAUCGGCCAACAAUUCGACGGCCCGUAACUGCGCAUGUGGACUCGCUGCCUGUGUUACAGGUCCCAAUUCCGCACUACAAACUCGGAACACCACGAUUCAGUGCAAGGGGGACGGCGAUCAUAGGAAGCUCUGUAUACACACGAGGGUCGGGAACGGACGACUUUCGGUCAUCGGUCCUCUCUGGUGCUGAGUACAACCGCCUUAUUGGGACUCCACCACGUACCAUCCGCCCUUCGCUAAUGUCUAGCUGGCAAUCGGACAUCUCCGUGCAGCCAGCGUUCGUUCGCCGCAGCAUCAUCGGGGCCGUAAAGGCUCGAGCGUCUGUUGUGCGAGGGACAGAUGAGCUCGUCAGCAGCGCGGAGAUUGGACCGCAGGUCUUCGAUAAGCUAUCAGCACAUCCAGACGAUUCCUCUGUUGUCCGGUUCUCGAACGGCAAGCUUGUUGCUGCAACGCCGCCACGCCUCAUAGUUCACAUAACUUCUGAGCAUUUCCUCGACUAUCGAUUGCUGGAAGAUUUCUUCCUGACGUUUCGUUCAUUCCUACCACCAACUGAUCUUCUGGCAUAUUUAGCUGCUCGGGAAGAAUGGGCUCAUCGCCGAGAUGACAAUGUUGGUGUGAUUGUUCAAAUUCGAGUCUUUGUUGCGCUUCGACACUGGAUCAUGAACUUCUUAGUAGUGGAUUUCGUGCCUAACUAUCAACUCCGACAACAAUUCUGCGAUUUCGUGAACCGACUAUGGAAGGACAUGUCCGGGCAGAACCCUGGAAGAAACAGAAAGGCCCAUAUCCUCGGACAACUCAAAUCCUGCUGGAGACAAGUCAUGGGAAGGUUUUGGGAAGGUCUUGAGGUUGGUGCGCCGGAAGAUGAUAUCCUCCCUGGCGGCCACGUCGAUUCGGAAAUCUCUCAGGAUGUUCCUGGGACAGCAGAGGGAAGCAGAUUACAAAAGGAAGCCGGCUCACAGCAAACAAGGCCGGAGGCUCAAUGGCCAAAAUUUGCUGGAGCGAUGAAUCCGCAAGACACUAACCGGGCGCAGAAUGAUCAACGGGUUCCGCAUUCAUCGCUUGUCUCAGCGCUGCAUUCUUCUCAGGAGUAUGAUGGCCUUCCCUUAUCGCCGGCGAGUGAGCAAAGCCUGCAGGUUUACUCAUGCUCCAUUCCGAUGCGUCCCUUCCUCCGGACUGAGCGACUUUCUGAUAGGCCAUUGAACCCUCCGCCGGCUCUGGUCCAAAUUACCGGCGUACAGCCUAGUAUUUCAUCCAGCGGACCUCAGCGCCCGGCGCAGGACCAUGGACGUAGUGCAAGCCUUGGUGACACAUGUGGAGACCGCAGAGCAGCCUCUGCUCGAGCACAUGGCGUCAACUAUCCAGCCAGGGGGGAGAUGCUUUCUGAGUUCCCUGGCAGCUUGGUCCGCGGCGCGAUAUUUCACCCAGACUCGCCUUAUCUCGACAUCCAAUCGCAUGACGGUAUGUGGUCUGUCAAGUCUUCGCAGGAGCUCGGUCGUUCCAACAACGGGAGGCCGAUAUCAAGUUCCAAAAUAUCGCUCGCAUGGAAUCCUGGGGUCAAGAGGCUCAUUGGGUCCGUCUAUCGCGCCCUUAGCGUGAAACAGAAUGGAAGUUAUGAUCCUCGCUCUGCGGAGCAAGCAACUCAGUCCUUUACUGUCGCGAGCCCGAAAUCCCCGCACCCUGCAGCACGUGCGACCGGCCCCCAAUCUUCUGCUGGCGUUCAAAAGCGGAAGAACUCCCGUCGAACCCAGGUGCGCGUCGACAUACUGGCUGCCAAGGCUGCCGAAAGCUUCAAGGCUGCUCUUGCUGCCGAAGCCGAGGUUGAGGAGCAGAGGCACGGGGUGCCUGCUGCGACAAAUACGCAAGCCAAUAGCGAGAAUAUGCCAGACGUCCAGGAUCAGCCGGAGCAGCAAGAAGUAAAUAUUGCAAGACUCAACAGUCACAUCACGGCAGGGAGUCGGUCCAUAGUGAUUGUAGACGGCACAGGACCUCGAGAUUUCCCGGAGAUGCCUGGACUUCUUGCAGCAACUUUUCUGGCUCAGAGCUCGGCACAAGCAAUCAGCAACCCGGACCAGCUCGCUCAUCCACCAUCUCACCCGCGUCCAAGUCUCGAUAAUCAAUGGAGAUUUCCGAGCAGCGGUGUAAGCGCACUGCAGGCAAUUGACGACGGAAAUUUCUUCUCUUCCGCUACAGUUGGGCCACCCCACCACAGUGAGUCGCUUUCGAAGGAACUCGCAAAAGCGUCUAUCUCUGCAUCAGAGCACCGUCCUUCGUUUACCAGACAUCCCUCGGCGCGCCGGUUAACUAGGAAGAUCCAAUCCAUGCAUUCGGGCUCUGUACCUCUUCGGAGGUACGCUUCUUACCAGAGCAGUAUAAGUAGGCAUCACCCAGCACAGAGCGGUGGCACUACAGCGGGGUCUAUGUCUUCUCGCAGCGACCCUUUUGUUCUCGAUCACAGUCCCGUCCGCCCGCUUCGACGACGCCCGGGAGGUGAUCUUCGCGCAAUGGGCAAUGGAGUCGACAUUGGGCGGAUUCCACGACCACGAUCCACUGGCUCACUUUCGAACAGAACUCACUCUGUGACCAACUCCGUAACAUACCCCUCUCUUGCCGCUGCCGCAGACACAGCCCCUUCUCAGUUUGAAUCCGAGGAGCGCCAUGCGACUACUGCUGGAGCGACUGACGGUACUACUGCGCCGAGGAAGCGUCUGUCGCUGAUGGAGACUCACUCAUCACAGCCGAAUCUUCGACCUUCGUUCGAGGCCGCUGUUGCGAGGUUCGCUGCACUGCCGGACGAUGACGAUGAUGGAGGUGUCGAGUCGGCAUUGAUGAAGCUAGAAGGCCGGUAUGAGAAACGUAGAGGAGCGCCUAGUCCGAAGCCAGCCCUUACCGAUGGAGUGUAUGUGCCGAAGACCAAGAACAAUGCGAACCCGCCCAUUGGAGCCCGGGUUACAGUCUCAGAGCAUCAGCAGGUGGUCAAUCUAACGAGCGCUCAACCCAUCGGAUCGUCAGUUCCGCAAUCUCAAACAUUGACCUCCGAGACCCAGGAAGCAAGCAACCCUAAAAUGGCUCAACCCUCUGGCUCCCAGACUGUCGUUCAACCUACUGUGCAGACUCGAUCAGUUGCCGAGUCGGACGACUCGUAUUCGUCCAUACCUCUGUUAGAGCGUGGAUUGAGCGACGCGGGAAAAAUCAAGCAGAAAAAGCCCUCGCCUCUUAGCAAAGCUUCGCCGCAGACUCAGCACAAGAUAGUCGUGCAAGAGUUUACCGAUUUGCCAAAAUCUUCAGGGGAGCUCGUUGGCGAGACUGAAAGCAUGCAAAGUAUACCGAAAGGCGCGACCCUGCCUACUUCCGCCACCUCGCAUCUAUCCUUCCUAUUGGACGAAAACGAAAGCCUUGCAGAUAUCUCCACAGAGCUGUCCACUGAAGUCUCUGAUGACAACGAAGACGCCGGUCAGGGCGUUAGGAGCUUUCUUGAAGAUGAUACACCGUACGAAGAGCUUGACGCAGAUUUUAUGUCACACCCUCUCCGCCAUCCCCCCACACCACCUCGAACGAUGGAGCGAACGGUUCACACACCACGCGCUGCCGAAACAACCUUCAACAGAGCUCCGCCUACCCCUGGUCUAACCCCUACUCUGAAGCCCACAGAACAUCCUCGACCUCCUGCAUCCAUCCCUCAACCGCCGGCUGCAAUUGAGCUGACAGAGCUGCGGAGCGAUGUCGCGUCGGCAGUACAUAUACCCUUCAUUCUUGCCUACGACGCCGAAGUUCUUGCACAGCAGUUCACCAUCAUCGAAAAGGAUGCGCUCGACGAGAUCGAAUGGAAAGAACUGAUCGACCUGAGCUGGAAGCAAAAGGCACCUGAUGUGCGGAAUUGGGUCGAAUACCUCCGCUUCGAAGAGCCUCGCAGCGUCGACAUUGUCAUCGCGCGCUUCAAUGUCAUGGUCAACUGGACGAUAUCUGAAUGCCUGCUGAUUGAUGAUCUCGAUGAGAGAGUCAAGGCCAUUGUCAAAUACAUCCACAUCGCUUCUCAUGCGAGAAGGCUUCAGAACUUCGCCACCAUGUCCCAGAUCGUGCUUGCCCUCAGCUCGGUCGACAUGGAGCGUCUGACGAAGACGUGGGAGCGGGUGCCCGUGCACGAAUGCGAGAUGUUGCAGGACUUGAAGGCUUUGGUCAACCCGCUUCGGAACUUUGUUAGUCUGCGAGAGGCUAUGGAAUCAGCUAAUACCGACUUGGGCUGCAUUCCAUUCAUCGGCAUCUACACGAAAGACCUGCUCUACAACGGCAACAAGCCCGAAUACAUCAAAGACCAGCCAGCAAACUCCUCUGGCGAGCGCCUCGUCAACUUCGAGCGCCACCAAGCCGCCGCAGGCAUCGUCAAGAGCCUCUCACGUUUGCUUGAGGCCAGCGACAACUACAAGUUCCAACCUGUGCCUGAGGUCAUCAGCAAAUGCUUGUGGAUGACAUCCCUUACCGACGAGGAGAUCAAGCGGCAGGGCCAGAAGAUACAACCUUCGACAAGCCAUGCGGCGAUGGCAGGCUAG